AUGCUGAGACCUGGAAAUGAGCAAUCACCCUCUGGGGUAACGAAACAGCAUGGAACCAUAUCGCUGCCAUUUAAUCCCAUUGGGGUAACGAAACAGCAUGGAGCCAUAUCGCUGCCGUUUAAUCCCAAUGAGGUCACGAAAAAACAUGGAUCCAUAUCGCUGCCAUUUAAUCUCACUGAGCAUUCAUGCUCCUCCACCUUCGCGUCCUCAAACUCCACCUCCUCGCACUCAAGCUCCUCCACCUCCAUCUCUUCGUCCUCAAGCUCCUACUCCUUGCCCUCAAGCUCCUACUCCUUGCCCUCAAGCUCCUACUCCUUGCCCUCUAGCUCCUCCACCUACACUUCCGCGUCCUUAAGCUCUACUGCCUCGCCCUCUAGCUUACCCAGCUCCACCUCCUCGCCUUCAAGCUCCUCCACCUCUUCUUCAGCGUCCUUAAGUUCCACCUCCAACUCCGCGCCUCAAGCUCCUCAACUUCCAACUCCGCGUCUCCAAGCUCUACCUCCACGCCUUCAAGCUCAUCCACUUUCGCGUCCUCAAGCUACACCUCCUCGCUUUUAA